GUACCGGUUCAUAUCACUGCAGGGACGUCUGGACUGGGAGCCUUAGCUCAGCGAAAAUAAGGCUAAACCGAUCAAUUAUUAGAUAUAAAUCAAGUUUGAGCAUGCAAUAAUUUCAAGGAUAUGUUCUGAGCCUUCGAGGAAUGUUUUGUCAACAAUGACCCGGAGUUACAUGUGUAUGCGCAUCUACCAUGCUGUAUCCCCUCUUUGAGCUAGCUGCCCAGCUGAGGGUGUGCAGUGACAUUGACAAUCAAGAACAAAGAAGGUAUCAGUCACCAGUCUUAUCCCUGGUCCAGUCUAAAAAGCCAGUUCGGCCUGCCAGAAUCACCUUCAGCUCCCAUAGGCAAAUUGGCAAUGCGACUGUCACCGUUUUGGUGUGUAGUGUGGACUUCUUAAUCUUGAGAUAUGAAGAUCAUGGACACAAACCAAUCACAAAAGAUCUUAAGUGGUUUCAGGAUCCAACUAAGGCCAUUUGUGCCAUCACCCUUGGCCCUACUGGCAGUUGGGCAGUGGUAGCAUGCAGCGAUAGGAGUCUUUAUCUCAUCCCUGUGCUAGCCCUCCUUGGAGUACCUUCAUCUAGAACUGGGAAUUCCUUCUGGAAGAAGAAUGAUGUCACCAAGAUCGAGAUCAAGGCUAACAUUGGAGUCCCGUCUGCCCUCCUGUGGUGGAAUUCUUUGGAUGAUAGAUUCAUCAUCGUCAUGGGAACGGAGAAAGGAGAGGUGAUGAUGGUUGACCUGGGACUGGAGCGUGAUGUCCGGACGGUGAUGAUUGGUGAGGCCAUAGCUUCCAUGGAUAUGAUCAGACAUGAUGAUAACAUUGGUUACCUCCUGGUGUUCACCAAGGGAGGCAACCAAUGGGGUAUGCUGUUAGAACAGUCUUCUGAGGUCUCUGCCCUGACCACCUCUAUGGAGAUGGAGGCCGAGAUACUAGAGUACGAGGUCAUCCAAGCCAACAGUCUUCCCGUCAGGAGUAUUCUUCAUGCAGGGCUUCUGGCUGAAGAACUUGUCCAAUUUUCAGAUGGAACUUCUCCCGGAUUUGCACCUGUUCGCUUCCAGCAGUUCACCCAGAAUAUUCAACUCACUUCCCAGUACGCCAGGGGCCGAUCACUUGUUGCUGGUCAUAACUUCACUGCUAACAUCUUCAAGAUCUAUGACAGCAGUAUAGAUAACUGGAUGCCCCUCUACGUCUACCGGAUACCCCCAUCAUCUCAGCAAAUACUACUCACAAACAGACUUCUUUUCUGUGUUAUAGUUUCAGAAGAUAAACAGGUUAGCCUCCUUGUCUUGUCCAAUCAGAAAUCGGAAGUGUCGUCACCUGACCAGCUGGCGAACAAGGACGCCAUUCUGCAGACAUUCACCUUUCCCAAGGAUGAGACAUUCAUUGGAAUGUACCGCCAUAACGCUGAGGGAACCACUGGGAGGAGGAGAAGGACCGCAUCCUCUCUGAGCCACACCCGUCACCGGACCGGUAGUGGCAUCAGGGCUGGGUUGCUACCUGACGGGGAGGGGGAGGAGUCUGAUGACGACUAUUACAGCACAUCAUCCGAGCUGGCCGAGUCUGAGACGGGGUUCCAUGGUAAGCUGCAUCCAGAGAACGACCCUCACCGGACCACCCUCUGCACUCACCUGGAUGGGUGCACUGUUAUCACCAGUAGGGCGGUGUACCAUUGCAGGCCCAGGAUCUCUCCAGAGGGACUGUUCCUGGACCUAGCCCUGUCCGACAGGGAUGGGUCCGUGGCGGAGAACCUCGGUAUCACCCUGGAUCUUGACAUGAGCGCCCUCUAUGAGAUUGCUGCGGAGAGGAAGCUGGCUAUGGGUGAAGUACAGAGAGCUCUCAAUCUAUACCAGAUCUCACAGUGUUCAUACAUCAAGCAGGUGACCAACCUUGCAAAGUAUGGCCGCAUCGGUGAGAUUCUCUCUCUGGUCACUCUGGCCCUGGGCCGGACAUCAGAGUUGAGCGGUCAAGAGCGGAAGAUGCUAGCGAACAUAGCCAUCAAAUGCUUUGUGUAUGAGAUACUGGAAGGAGAUAGGAGAGAAGAGCUCAUGUUUAAUUUCAAGCAAUUUGUCCUGGAGAGCUUUGACUACAAUGAAGAUGCUGCAUUGGAGCUCUUUGCAUCAUGCGGUCUUCAUGACAUCCUUAUUGAAGUAGCAAAGGCCAGGGGCAAGCUCUCCAUUGCUCUUGACCUGGUCCUGAAGACGGGACUCCCUCAGAUAGACUGUUGCUUGAGAAAACAGCUGGUGUCGCAAGGCUACAUCACAAAAUUCUCCGCGGCAGGCGACAUGUCGUUUGUGAGAUGCAUGCCCCCUCAGCAGGCCAUCACACACCUUCUAGCUAAGCCUGAGCUCAUCUUCAAGUACACAGAGUUCGUGAGAAGUUGCCUGGAUGAUGUGGAUGUUAAGACCUUACUCAAGUUAGCUCAACUCUUUGACCCGUCCAAACCAACUCUUCGACCACUCCUCAAGAGCCAGAGGGAAAGGAGUCAUUCUACUGGUUCAAUCUCGUCACACGACAGCUUCAAGACCGCACAGUGCUCUACUGACAGUGAGGAUGGUGCUAUGUUCCCUAAACCCAGCGUGCUAAUAGAGAUCUUUAUCAUCAUCCUACUCAAACUGAACAAGAAGAGACAAGAACAGGGCAGCACUCAGUCUUUGGAGAACGGUCAUGCCUGUGAUCUUGCCAUCCCUGUAUGUCCUGAAGAGAGUAGCUCUGACAGGUUACCUGUAGGUCUCCUGCUGCCAGCUCAGAAUGUCGUGGCAUGUGGCCAGGACCAUGCUGCCAUAGUAGCUAACGGCGAUGUCUAUACGUGGGGCAGGGCUCAUGAAGGAAGGUUAGGUCAAGGAGAUAUCAUAUCUCUCGAUGGUAGAGCGCCCCCUCUCCGAGUAGAGACGCUUCACAUGCAUGGUAUCCAUGUCCGGGCAGUGGCUUGUGGGAAGGAACAUACCAUGGCCGUCACUCGAGAUGGAAAGUUGUACAGUUGGGGUAGUUCCUCCUAUGGUCAGCUAGGUGUAGGAGACAGGAAUGUCCACUCCAGACCGGUUGCUGUGGAAGCUUUGAAUGGUCAACGAUGUCUGUCGGUGGCCUGCGGUCAGCUUCAUACACUAGUGAUAACACAAGGUCAAAGAUUAUGGAGCUUCGGAUGGGGGGUCCAUGGUCAGCUGGGGCAUGGAGACGUUGAGGACCAAAUCUUGCCAAAACUUGUCAACCCGUUCAGUAAAAGUGCAAUAGUUGGGAUCAGUGCUGGUUACGCUCAUAGCGGAGUACUCACCAACGAUGGACAGGUAUGGAUGUUUGGUUCCUCUGCAUUUGGUCAGCUUGGCACUGGAUCUGUAGGAAAGUCAACCGUACCAAUCCAUCUGGAAGCGUUAAGUUCUCGGCAUGUCAGCAUAUUAACAUGUGGUUACUAUAGCAAUAUCGCCAUCACCUGCAACCCCCAGAAGGUGUACUCGUGGGGAAAGAGCCCUCUAGAGUUGAGACAGGCGUUGCAGCUCGCCAGGAAACGUCAUCACGCUCGUCACAAUAACCCUGAUCCUCACCAUCAGACUGUAUCACGGCUUCCGUCCCUUCCGCUCGAGAAUCAGCAUCUCUUACCAUCCCUUGUACCGACCAACAUACAAGCUCCUAUCAAGCAGAUGACGAUGUCAGGGAACCACUACCUGAUGUUAACCACUGUUGGAGAUCUUUACACAUGGGGUAGCAAUGACUCAGGCCAGCUAGGCAUGGGAAACAGAGUCAAUCAGAGUGUACCUGUUUGGAUCAACCGAUCGAGAGAUGACCUGUUUGUGGCUAUAGCUGCUGGUUCCCGUUUCUCACUGGCCGUCAACUACCAGAACCAAGCCGUUGCAUGGGGGUCAGCAGAAUAUGGAAAGCUUGGCAUGGAAACUCGUGAUAAGAUGUGUCUUCCGUCCUACUCCACCUCGGCCUAUCUGGACCCCAGGACAGGCUCAAAGAACACCCCCAGGACCUUCCUACAACCCACCAUUAUACCAGGCAUACCGGCAAUACAUGUGGAGAGGGAGAGCAUAGCAAGUUGUGAUAGCAGUGAUGAGAGCUCAGAUGGGGAGGAUGAGCUCCAGGAUAGUGGAGUAUUAGAAUCCAUCAUCUCUAGUCUACCUGACCUGGGUCAACCUGAUGAAGAUGGACCUGUCUAUGGCAAGCCAAGUUUAUCUCUGACACUCACACACAUGCAGACCUUCUUCAGCUCUGCAACCAUUCUUCAUCAGGCAGUCAACACAGAACACUGGUGGUUAGCAGCAGAAUUAAGCCAUCAGACUGGUGAUCAUAUAUCAGCAUUAGGCUAUAGUCUAAGGGAAUUAGAGACUGGGUUUAUCAAGGAUCACCAGUCUCACCAGGAAAAAGUACUGGCUACUGUCAACAAAUAUUUAAGAUUGGUUUUAGUUAAAACACCAACUUCCAGGUUCAGUGAAGCCAUCGCCAUAGAAACAGGCAAGCAGCUGUUGAUCCAGAUCUUCCACUACUGGUAUCGCCAUCCUCACCUAGCGAUCAGCGAAUUGGAAUCUCUUCUUCUACCUCAUCUAGAUCUUCUGGCUCAGCCGCUCAGUUCAAUACUAUUCAGUGUGGACCAAGGUGCAAGAGACAAAGAAUCAUCGCCAGACGAAGCUGACUACCUCAUACCUCCAGCAUUCUUAGAUUGCUUCAGCUCUUCGUUCUGCCUAGAGAUCACCAACCAUGUCGUAACUUCCAUCUCCAGUAGUCAGCCCACGUUAGCCAACCUAGACCAGGUCCUCUCCACUUUCAUUCCGGUUCAAACCAGUUCCAACCAGCUAAGAUUGGAUGCGGCUGCAGCCGCCUCGUCUUCGUACGGCAGCGUGCCGGCAGAGAAGCUCUGGCAGGAGAUACUGUUCAACUUGAGAAAGGAUGUCAUGUCCCAGAGCUACAUCCGACUCUCUGGCAAGGAUCUUGCAGCCUUGGUGCCUGGCGGCGUUGGAAGCAAGGUGUCAUUGGACUGUGUGGUGUUCACUUGCGGACAUCACUAUCAGAGACAAGAUUUGAAGCGGCAGGUCAUGUCGACGUGGGGCACCGACAUGGAGGCUCUUCCCGUUCCCCUCCCCAUUACCCAGAAGGCAUUACAGUCCAUGUAUACAGAGGAAGGUGAUAAGACUCUACCCGGGGCAUGCCCUCGAUGCAUACACAGUGCAAUAUUGGCGUACCAAAAAGAGUGAUUCCACCAGAAGACAACUCCGAAGGGCGAAUAGGCAAACAGGGAUCUGUGCAUUUCUUACUGUGUUUUUGUAUCCUUAUGAACCAAAAAAGGUCGUGAAAUUGACAAUUAUAAUAGUAAUGUAUUUCAAUAGGUAUCAGUAGAUGUAUGUCAUGAUGGUUAGAGGAUAUACAGUGAAUCAAGAUCAUCGAGGUAAGGACAAUAGGCUGCUUAUCUUCAUUUGUUAUUGAAGAAAACCUUCAAAUUUCUUGGAACCCAAUGCAAAAGACAUUAGACAUUUAUUCCAAAUAGCGGCAAGCGUUCGUUGGUUAUUUUUUCAAUGAUUCCUACAUCACAAAAUUUUGCGCCUCAGUAUAUGGCCAUUGGCGCGUAUGAAAGCGCGAUUUUCAAGUCCGAUUUCAAUUCUGUUUGCUUUAUAUGAUAGCACUAGGUGGGGAUUCAAAACUUCUGUAGAAUAUCCUAAUUUAUGCGCAUUUUUCAAAAUUCACAAAAAAUGCUUCUCCUCCUUUAUUUGUUUUGCUUCCAUCUGGUAGAGCUUCAAUUUUGAAAUUUUUAGUAGAAAAUUUAUGCGAAAUUUUAUUUGCUUUGUACCAUGCAUUAUUUAUAUUUAUGCAUGGUUCUAAACAGAAAUUUAUUCAUUAAUCACAAUAAAUUGUGAGAUGCUGGAUGAGCUCCACAUCAUUGAGGUAUAAGAAAUCCUGGUUUACCUAUAGUAAUACCCAACACCUAAAUUGCACUGUUGCCUGUCAUACAAUUGUUUCUUCUGCUGUAAACAUUGUAAAUAUCCUUGUAAAAUACAGAUAGUUUAUGCAUCUUUAUUUUGAUCUUUUACGCAAAUUUCUAUGCCAGCUUUUUUUGCAUGAAGAAGUUGGUUUUAUGCACCACUGUUCUUCCAAGAAAUAACUUGCCAUGUUUCUUUCAGGUCAUUCAAAAUUUUCUGUUUGUCUGUGAAAUGAAGAUUUGCUGCAGAUAAUGGGUCAAAUGCAUAAAAACUAGCAAAUGCUUGUGCUAGGUUUUGAUUCCGCAUGCUGAAUACUGGUAUUUCUUUGACGAUUCAGCUAAAAAGCGUAAUAAAGACCUGACCAGUGCAAACUAAAGCAGACCAUUUAAAAAAACCUUCACCAAAAUUCCUAGAAAUUAAAUAAUAGUUUGAAACGACCGAAAUAAAGAAUAUAAGAUAGUCGAGGAGGAGAGCGAUUUAUUGAGCUCCACGAAAUUACAAGUGAAAUUGGGUUUUAAAUAUGCAAAUAAUGGUUUUCACAAAAAAUAUGUUUCAAAUAGCCCAGUCCUUUUAGGGUUAAAGCAAUUGCUCCUUUUUAUGCAUCUGACCCAGUGUGUGACAUGUGCUAGUGAAGGCAAAUCAUAGUGUUUGUAUAUAUAAGGAUUUCAAAUAUGCAAUUAAUAUAUAUACCCAUAUACAUUGAUAUCUAGAUACAGAUCAUAUUUGCAAUAUAUUGUCCAAAAAAGACAAGCUUAAAACCAGGUGGAACAAGAUAGCUUGUGUGAAUACAGAAAAAAUCAAAGAAACAGAUGAAUUUUGAUAAAAAUCAGACAAAUAAUGAGAAAGUAAUGAGCAUUUGAAUAUUGCGAUGAUCAUAUUACUAUAAGAAAAAGUAUAUUUUAUAGUCCAUCAAAGCGAAAGGGGAGGAUCUGUUUCUUUGAUUUUUCUGUUUUCACACAAGCUUUCUUGUUCCAAAUGUUUCAUUCCCCAAGUAAGAAUGAAUUAAUUACUCUGAUUAUGUGGAAUUGGCGCUGUUUAGAUGAGAUUUGAAAAUAUUGAACAUGAAGUCAUGUAUACAAAAAGCAUCCCUUCUAUAUAUUAUGCAUUAUAUUUUUGUGCUUUUAGAUUGUUUUGCGAUAUAAAGUGGAAUCUUUUAAA